AGGGAAACCUGUGGAAAUAUCUAUGGGUGCUUCUUGUGGUAGUGCAUAGUGAAAGAGAGAGAUGGAAAAGGAAAAGAAAUGGGAGAGUGUGACAUUGGCCAGGGAGGACAGGGAGAGAGGGACAGUGUGACAGUGUAGAGGGAGAAGAGGGAGAGAGGAAGACCGUGACAGGGCUGAGGGAGGAGAUGAAGAGUGUAAUUGGACUCAGGGAGGACAGAGAGAGUGUGAUUGUGCCCAGAUCCUUGUGUUUGCACUAGUUCAUGGCUAAUCCAUGGGAUUAGGGAUUAGAGAAGUUCCUGGAACGUUUUUUAGAAAACUUCCAUCCAGCCUUCUCUCCAAAGACUCAUGAUCAUCACAGCAAUGGGUUCAGUAAGGGCCAACCAGUACAACAUGGUGUCAUCCGACAAAGAUGGUGACAAACUCAGCAUUUCAUCAGCUGCCAACGAGCAGGAUAAUGGCAAGAUCCAAACGCAUCGUAAAUGCCGCAACCGUUUUGUAAAGAAGAAUGGUCAGUGUAACAUCUACUUCAGCAACAUGAGUGGCAAGUCGGAGAGGUACAUGGCUGAUAUCUUUACAACCUGUGUGGACACUCGGUGGAGGUACAUGCUCAUGAUCUUCUCCACUGCCUUCCUGAUUUCCUGGUUGGCCUUUGGUUUUGCAUUCUGGUUUAUUGCCAUGAUGCACGGAGACCUGGACAAGUCAAAGCAUGAGGAAAACUUCAGACCAUGCAUCAUGCAAGUUAAUGGCUUUGUAGCAGCCUUUCUGUUUUCCAUUGAGACACAGACUACCAUUGGCUAUGGCUUCCGUUGUGUCACUGAAGAAUGCCCAGCUGCUGUCUUCAUGGUUGUAUUCCAAUCCAUCAUUGGCUGCAUUAUUGACUCUUUUAUGAUUGGCACCAUCAUGGCAAAGAUGGCACGGCCAAAGAAAAGGGCCCAAACUCUACUGUUCAGCCAUAAUGCUGUAAUAUCGAUAAGAGAUGGCAAAUUAUGUCUGAUGUGGCGAGUGGGUAAUCUUCGAAAAAGUCAUAUUGUGGAAGCUCAUGUCAGGGCCCAGCUGAUUAAACCUCAUGUCACUACAGAAGGGGAGUAUCUCCCUCUCGAACAAAAAGAUCUUAACGUUGGUUAUGAUGUUGGAUUUGAUCGCAUCUUUCUUGUGUCCCCGAUAAUUAUAGUCCAUGAAAUUGAUGAGGAGAGCCCUCUUUAUGGGAUUAGUAAGCAAGAUCUAGAGACUGAAGAUUUUGAAAUUGUUGUCAUCUUGGAGGGGAUGGUGGAAGCCACAGCGAUGACAACACAAGCACGAAGUUCUUACUUGGCUAAUGAGAUCCUUUGGAGCCAUCGAUUUGAGCCUGUGCUCUUUGAGGAAAAGAACCACUACAAAGUAGAUUACUCACGGUUCCAUAAGACUUACGAAGUGCCCACAACCCCCAGGUGCAGUGCCAAAGAUCUGGUGAACAAUUCAUUUUCGAUGGUGCCAGGCAACAAUUCCUUUUGUUAUGAGAAUGAGCUAGCACUGCUGAGUCGGGAAGAGGAGGAGGAGGAACAGGCAAACCGUAUCCUGGAUGUGGACAACCAAUUCGAAUUUGACCGGCUACAAUCUACCAUCCCAUUGGACAGUCUCGCUUACCAAAGAGAGUCUGAAAUUUAAUCUCAAAGGUGCCACUACUGAGUUUAAAAAAAUCUUAGAUGCUCUGCAGGAUUUGAAAUAAAAUACAGGUCACUCAUUGAACAUUGUGACCUGCAGACACUGCCAAUGCAUCAAGGAGCUCGUUUCACAAUCAAUAAUUCGAAUGCAGGAAAAAUGACAGGAAGGAUUUGAGCUCAAGCUGUUCUUCGCUCUCCUGUCUGUUUGAAUUCAUUGUAAUGAAAGAGUCACAAUAUGAGGCAAGCAUGCUCACUUUAAAAACACUGCAGAGAAGUUCUGUACAUUCAUUCCUGUUGACUAUGACAGAUAAAGUUUUAAAAGUCAGGCUCCAGUCAACCUUUCUGCAGUAAAUAGAUUGUUUGGAUGAGAUUAAAAACUUGCUUUAUCAAAAAACA